AUGGCAUACAAAAAAUCUAUAUUAUCCUUUCUCUAUAUAUUCCUAGCAAUGACCGUCCAAGCUGUCGAAUACACGGUCACCAACACCGCGGCAGGAACCCCAGGCGGUGUUCGGUUCGACAACGAGAUCGGAUCCGAUUACUCCCUUCAGAUCCUGUCCGAGUCCACGAGUUUUGUAUGGCAAAUAUUUCAACAAAACCAAGACUCCGAUAGAAAAAGCGUGGCUAAAGUUAGCACGUUUGUCGAGGCGUACACGAGCAACGACGAGAUCCACGUCAGUGCAGAAUACAUCGCCGGAUAUUCCGGCGACGUGAGGAUUGAAAUCAUCGGGGUUUUGUACCACGAGAUGACGCAUGUUUGGCAGUGGAAUGGAGCCGGGCAAGCGCCGGGCGGUUUGAUUGAAGGAGUGGCGGAUUAUGUGAGGUUGAAAUCGGGGUUUAUUCCGAGUCAUUGGGUUCAACCCGGGCAGGGUGACCGAUGGGAUCAAGGUUACGAUGUUACGGCUAGGUUUCUUGAUUAUUGUAAUGGUUUGUUGGAUGGAUUUGUGGCUAAGUUGAAUGAGAAGAUGAUUGAUGGUUAUAGUCAAACUUAUUUUGAUGAUCUAUUGGGGGAGAGUGUUGAUCAAUUGUGGAGUGAUUAUAAGGCUAAGUAUGCAUGAUUGAGAUUGUAAAGCUUCUAAUUAAUGGAAGAAGCUGUUUUAAAUUAUCUAGUAAGGAUUUGAAUAAUAAUAAUAAUAAUAAUAACAAUU